ACUCAUUACCAGUCAGUUAACUCACUGUACAAGACCUCUCCCCUUCAGUCUGUAAGUACUCUUGAGAUCUUGAAAUAUAGUUUUUUGUUUUUAGCCAUAAGUCAUGUACUCAAGGGUCUCAGACAUGGAGUGCUGAUCUAGGAUCAGGUCCUCCUGGUCCAUAUAAUUAUGAUCUAAAUGGGAAAACUAGAUUCUACUCUGAGACACUUUGUGGAUACGGACACUAUCACAUAAUGAUGAUAUAAAAGACUGCAGGGUGGGAGAUGCUACAAUGACCUCGAGAACAGCAGGAAGUGUGUUGGUGGUCUUUCUCUGGUCUGUGACAGUGGUACUGGGUCAGUAUGGCUGGAGUGUGAAAUACACCACUCAGAGAAUCUGUGUCUUGAAGGGGUCAACAGUGGAUCUGACCUGCUCUUACACACAUCCCAGUGGUUAUACAGUCACAACAACCUUCUGGUUCACUAAAAUGGAGGCUGGUAAAGAACCUAAAGAUCUAGGUCAGGACCCAGAGUAUGCAGGUCGUCUGGAGUAUCAUGGAGAUAAGAAGAAAGACUGUACCCUGAAAAUCACAGACCUGAGAGAGAGAGACUCAGCUACGUACAAGUUCAGAUUACUAACAGAUCAGGAAGGAGGGAAAUAUUAUGGAGAUCCUGGAGUCACUCUGUCUGUUACAGCUCUGCAGGUGAAGGUGACUCCUGCUGCAAAGGGACAGAAGACACUGACCUGCAGCACCACCUGUACUCUGAGUAACCCCAACCCCACCUACAUCUGGUAUAAGAACGGACAACAGCAACACGAGAGAACCUCCCCCCAGUACAAAUACUCAGUCUACAGUAACAGUAAAGACAGAUACUCCUGUGCUGUAAAAGGCCAUGAGUAUCUCCGCUCUCCUGCAGUGUGUGUUCAGGGUCAGAGCUGCAGCAGAGUGACUUACACCAAGAGGACAAUCUGUGUCUUGAAGGGGUCAACAGUGGACAUAUCCUGUACUUAUGUUGGUUAUUAUUACACCACAUCAUCAUUCUGGUUUAGAAGUGAUAAGUCGACCCCUGAAGACCUAACCACAAACCCAGGGUAUGCAGGUCGUGUGGAGUACACUGACAAAGAGAGAUGGAGAUAUGAAGGUCCCUCCACCCUGAGAAUCACAGAUCUGAGAGAGGAGGACUCAGCUGAGUAUCGCUUCACUUUUUUAAAACAGACACCAUUGAAUGGGGUCAUAGUUUACCAGGAACAACUCUGUCUGUCACAGGUCUGCAGGUGAAGGUGACUCCUGCUGCAGAGGGACAGAAGACACUGACCUGUAGCACCACCUGUACUCUGACUGACAACCCCACCUACAUCUGGUACAAGAACGGACAACGUCUAGAUGUGCCCACUUCCCA